UAAUCUAUAAUUGUUUCUUAUGUGGUGGUGAUUUAAAAAAAAAAAUUUAUAUCAGCCUAAAGAACCUGUUUCUCAGCAGUGCCCUUUCACCAUCACCAUCAAUUUGACUUUUUUUUUUUUUUUUAAAUCCUAAAAGAUGUGGACUUUCCUGGGAAUAGCGAGCUUCACAUACCUUUACAAAAAAUCCAACACAGUUUUAACUUUGGCUCACAAAGAGCUGGUGAUGGCCGCAGCUUUAUUUCUUACAGUCGGGCUGCUGCUCUCAUAUAUCAGGUAUUUCCAUGGCCAGAAGCUCAGACUGUCUCAGGUAUUUGAUUUGCCUCUGAGCCUUCUGUCUUUUGUACCUGUUAUCAACCACGUAAUCCCUCAAACGUCCACGCAGAGCAGAGACGAAGCAGGGAACGACAGCAAAAAGAGCCGGAGAACAAGGAGAAGAGUAGAUGCGGAGAGUUCUGCCAGAGAAGGAGCCUCAGCAAGUGGCUCCUCUGUGGCCCCAGAGCCAGAUGUGGUGAUAGUCGGGGCAGGGGUCCUGGGCUCAGCGAUGGCAGCCGUCCUUGCCCGGGACGGGAGGAGGGUGACAGUGGUGGAGAGGGACCUGAAGGAGCCUGACAGAAUAGUUGGGGAGCUGCUGCAGCCUGGAGGUUACAGGGCUCUUAAAGAGCUUGGGCUGGAAGGUUCAGUGGAGGGUCUGGAUGCCCAUCUGGUUCAUGGCUACGUGAUCCAUGACAUAGAGAGCAGCACUGAGGUGGAGAUCCCUUACCCUCAGAGCGAGGACAGCAUCCAGUGUGGACGCGCUUUCCAUCACGGUCGAUUCAUCAUGGGCCUGAGGAGAGCUGCCCUGGCCGAGCCAAAUGUCACAUUUGUAGAAGGCACCGUGACCAGUUUGCAGGAAGAGGACGGCUGUGUGACGGGAGUCCAGUACAAAGAUAAAGAAACUGGAGACAUCAAGGAAAUCCAUGCAGCACUGACUGUGGUGGCCGAUGGCUGUUUCUCCAAAUUCAGAAAGAGUCUUGUCUCUGGGAAGGCUCACAUCUCCUCCCACUUUGUCGGAUGCCUUAUGAAGGAUUGUCCCCAGUUUAAAGCCAACCACGCUGAGCUGGUGCUGGCUAACCCAAGCCCCGUGCUGAUCUACCAGAUCUCCUCCUCGCAAACCAGAGUGCUGGUGGACAUCAGGGGGGAGAUGCCACGCAACCUCUCAGAGUACAUGGCUGAGAAGAUACACCCACAGCUACCAGAACAUUUAAAGGAGCCUUUCAUGGUGGCGCUACAGAACGAUCGACUCAGAUCCAUGCCUGCCAGCUUCCUCCCUCCCUCCCCUGUCAAUAAGCCAGGUGUGCUUCUCCUGGGCGACGCGUACAACAUGAGGCAUCCUCUGACCGGUGGAGGGAUGAGUGUUGCUCUCAACGACGUUCGCAUCUGGAGGAAUCUGCUCAGGAACAUCUCAGAUCUGUACGAUGACAGAGCCAUGCUGCAGGCAAAGAAAAAAUUCCACUGGGAACGCAAGUCAUCACAUUCUUUUGUGGUGAAUGUGUUGGCCCAGGCCCUGUACGAGCUUUUCGCAGCUACGGACAAUUCUCUUCAUGAGCUGAGAAAAGCCUGCUUCCAGUACUUCAAGCUUGGUGGGGAGUGCAUUGCUGGACCUAUUGGACUUCUCUCAGUGUUGACGCCCAGACCCAUGACCCUUAUUGGACACUUCUUCGCUGUGGCGCUGUAUGCAAUCUACUUCAACUUCAAGUCCGAGUCCUGGAGCACCAAACCUCGAGCUUUUUUUAAGAGUGGAGCCAUCCUGUAUCGAGCCUGCAUGGUCAUGUUUCCACUCAUCUACUCUGAACUCAAGUACCUGGUGUACUAAAACACUGCAUCUGGACAAAACUUGCAAAAACUUCAUGAUACAUCCAUCAAAAGUUUUAGAACACCCAGUUUUUAUUUAAAUGUAAGCAGCUUAAGUCCAGUGAAUAAACUUGGUACAAAGGGAAGUGGUAAACUGGUCAAGGUAAUAAAAUAAUUCAUGGAAAACAUAGAAAACAGGCCUUUUUCAUGGAUGAAGAAACUGGUUAACUUACAGUUUUGCUGCAGCAAUGGAAGUAAAUGAAAACUUGAAAGUUAAUGCAAACAGUUCCUACAGGUGACUCAACUUUUGUUGAUGACUUACAAACCCUCUCUGUACAAAGACAGUGUUGGAACAAACUGUGAUCAAUUAUUGGGACAAUACUGUACUGUAGGAAGUAGUGCUGUAUAUUGCUGUUUGAAUGGUGAGAAAAAGUUUACUGGUCGGUCAGAGCUUCAUGCUACAGCGAGAUAAUGAUUAUUAUUCAUGAUUAAAUUUUUUUUUUUUUUUUAAUCUUCAUUAUUUAUUUUUCUAUGCCUUAAACUACAGAAACAAUGAGACAUUAGAUUAUGUGAAUGUCAGCAACAUGUAAAAAUGGUGGUGUUCUAAAACUUUUGACUGGUUUAUGUUUUCCUGCUGAAAAAGCUGUUAUCUUAAACCAUGAUUUUGCUACUGAGGAUUUUCUACGGCGCCUCCCUGCCUUACUGAAGAUGUCAGUGUCUUGGUGUCCUAACUUGAUGCCUUGUUCCAGUUUGGACAUAUCAUGCAACAGUACAAUAUUAUGCAGGUAGCACUGUUUGAGCUCACCCACAGUCUGGCCUAUAUGCCAGAGGAUUGCAACAUACUGUGUACGAGCUCACACCCCAAAUUACACUGAAUAUUCAAUACUGUGGAAUUAUUCCUGCCAAACAGAGUUACCAUGUGGAGCAUGGCAUCUGUCUUUCAUUAUUCUUCAAUAGAUCUGCUUUUCUGCUGUAUAGUUCCUUGUUGGGCUGAUUCAGACUGUAUUUAAUAUGUGGAUCCAUCUCUAAUGAUGAUAUAUUUUUAAUACAAGAAUGCCUGAUUUUAAAUCUGCAGCACUGAUGAUGGGAUGUCAUAAAACUGCAAGCUGUUUACAUUGUAUUUCAUAAAAAGUAAUACUUUUCCAGUAUAUUUUCAGCCUUAUUUUGUUGAGUAAUAGCUCUUCAGUACUUUUUGUUCCAAGUCAAACACAUCAUUUACUGUACUGAUGGUUUAUCCUUACAUUCUGUGUUGAGAGACUUUUUGUAACACAUUUUGGUUUCUGCACACAAGUCUGAAACAUGCUGACAGUGAAGCUGAAUGUGGCAAAACUAUAAUCCCAGAACCCAAGAUGGAUCCCUGCACUGCGCUAGUCCCGUUGGAUGUCAGUAAAGGCCUGAUGCAGCAUACUGGGUGAAGUUUGGGUCUGACUGGGAUCUGAGAGAUAGAAGGAGCAGUGCUCACAUCAGGACCACGUCAGCGGAUGAUGAUUAGGAUUUGUUUCUCCUGAACUGACAGAGACGAGGAGCUCCUGAAGUGUGUUUCACCACAGCUGCACUGUUGUGUUUACCAUGUGCCUGUGUUGGGCUUGAUUGGCCAUUAA